GUUGUUAUUCCAGCUGUUUGCUCGGCUGCUGGCCAGAGUGGCACCGUAGACUCCUAAGACAAGUAUCCAAAUAACCCAUCCAAACUAGGUGGCAAGCAAAAUCGGCCGGCAUCAGGAUGCCGAAGAAGAUGGGACUUAACUUGAAAGCCGUCGAGGCCCGGGAACGGAAGGCGGAAGCGAAAAAGGUCGCCAGCGACAAGGCGGCCAAAGCGGCCGAAGAUUCUCUCUGGGUAGACGACGACAAGCAGUUGGCGAAGAAAAAGAAACAGAAGGAAGAGGAUGACCGUCGCAAAGCGGAAGCCGCUCGGAAGAAGGCGGAAACGAAGGCUCUGCUGGAGGAGGAGAUGAACUCCAUCAAGACGACCGCAAAGGUUUCGGUGCAGAAGAUAACACGGUCACAGAUCGAUGCAGAAGUCGAGAAGCGAAAUCGGGCCAUCGAGACGGUCAGUAAUCACCCGCCUAAAGCCGCCCUCGAACCGAAACCGGUGCCGUUGGAAGAAAAUUUCAACCGUGUGAUGGCGAACACGGAAGUGGCACAAACUAUCGAUCAGGCCAUUGCGGUGCUGAGCGUGGGAGAAGCCGGUGCGGAUCGGCAUCCGGAGAAGCGUAUGAAGGCGGCUUACAAAGCUUACGAAGAGGAGCAGCUAGUACGCUUGAAGCAGGAUUACCCAUCGCUGAAGCUGUCCCAGUUGAAGCAGAUGGUCUUCAAGAACUGGCAGAAAGCUCCGGAAAAUCCCAUGAACCAAAUUUGAACCUGUGGCUCGCGGUCGCAAGUGUGAUGAUUACGGGAGCGCCUUUCUGCAAAGGGCAUCCACCAAGUCAAGUGAUUCUCGUGCAUAAGCUCAUCAAAUCCGUUCGCGGUGACAACUGUCGCAACGGAUUGCGAACCGUCUGGAAGUGCGCCAUUGGGACGGCGGUGGUUUAAUAAACAUGAGCUUCAUGUAUAAGCA